UUUAAGGACCAUUCGUGUAGUUUAUAAAGAUGGUGGCCACCGGUAUCCCGCCAAAAUAAUUACCCUUUUGUUGUUAUUUUUUUAUCUUCGUAUGUCUCAAGUAAAGUGUUGAAAUCAUUGAAUUCUGGUGAAGAUAAUACACUCCGGAUAACAAUGGAGAAUCUGGGGGAUCUGUUGCCAGUUUACUAUUCUCGCUUGUUCCCCUUCAACGACUACUAUCGUUGGCUGAGCUAUGGAAAAGGGGAGAAUUUCCAAAACCGAGAAUUUUCCUUCACGCUUGGAGAAGACGUUUACAUUCGUUAUCAGGCUUUCACUAAUAUGAAGCAGCUAGAAAAUGAAAUCAAGAGGAUUCUGCCAUUCAAAAUUGAUAUCGGUGCUAUUUAUAGCAUUUGCCCAAAACAGGAGAGAAGAGUCGUUAAUCUGGUUCCAGUGCAACGUGAACUUGUCUUUGAUAUCGAUAUGACUGAUUACGAUGAGGUAAGAACCUGUUGCUCAGGUGCAGAUAUUUGUAAUAAAUGCUGGAAGUACAUGGAAAUCGCCUGCAAAAUCCUGGACAUAGCCCUGAGAGAGGAUUUUGGCUUCAACCACAUCCUUUGGGUGUUCUCCGGAAGGCGAGGAAUCCACGCAUGGGUGUGUGAUCCCAUCGCUCGAACCCUGGACACAGCUGCACGAGGGGCAGUGGCCGAGUACCUUCAGUUGAUUUCUGGUGGUGAGUUUACCAAGAAAAAGGUCAAUCUACCUGGUGACAAGAUCCACUCAUCAGUCAAGCGUGCACUUGACAUCAUCGCUCCAAGGUUCGUGGCGAUGUGUGUCGAGGAGCAGGACAUGCUUGGUAGUGAGGAGAGGGUGAAGAAGUUCUUGGGGAUUCUGCCUGAUGAUACUGCAAGGACGGAGGUCAAGGAGCUCUUUGAUAAAUACGAGAAGGGGGUGGAUCGAUGGGAGGUCUUCGAGACGUAUGUUAAGGAACAGACACAAUCGAAUAAAAAAUGGAGGCAACAUCGCCAUCUCCUAGAAGAAAUAAUGAUCCAGUACUGCUACCCUAGACUCGACAUAAACGUCACGAAAGGUAUGAACCAUCUUCUGAAAUCGCCAUUCUGUGUUCACCCAAAAACUGGAAAAGUCUGCAUUCCCUUCAACCCAAGAACAGUCGAGAAGUUCGAUCCCUUGACAGUGCCGACAAUAAACGUUCUGAUCGAUGAGAUCAACGCUUACGACGAGAAGGAUAAGACCGUGGAAGGAGGACUCGAGAAUGCUAGGAAGAUAAAAGAUUACAAAAAAACGAGUAUGAAUAAAUCUCUCCAUUUGUUCCAAGAGUUUUUGAGAGCAAUGGAGGAUGCCAGGAAGCUGGAGAGGGAGUCCCAGAUGAGUAGUACCAUGGAGUUCUGAUGUUCUGUUGAGGAAGAGUUGAUUUUUUUUAUGACGCAAAAAAUAAAAAAAGUUUUGCUAAUUU